AUGGCAACUGAUCCACGUAAAGUACCGGUAGAGCUGCAAAUACAGGAGCUGCAACGGAAAUUCCGCGUCCUCGAAAAUGACACCAGGGCCUACACUGAAGACGCCCAGGCGCGGAUACGCCGCCAGCGUGCCGCCAUAGAGAAGUUCUCCCACGAAAACCGGACGCUAAAACAGGAGCUCCAAGAAACACGUGAAGCCGUCUCCAGCCAGCAGCAUACGCUCAUGGGGAGCAAAAUGCAGGCUCUGAACGAGCAAUGCCAAAAUCUAGUUCAAGACAUGGAGGAUGAGAAGCGAAAAGAGAAAGACAUCAUGUCAAAGAUCAGUCUCAUUGAGGAUAGAGUUAUGAAGUGCAGGGAGCGGAUGGGCACUAUGGGAGGGGUGUAUUGCGCAGUGGUCUCUAGCGAGUCGAUUGCUAAGCAAAUACGAAUCCUGGAAAACCGGUUGAACAAGGGGAUGCAGAAGUACAGCGAAGCUGUCGCGUAUAACAAGAAGCUUAAAGAAGAAAUCAAUAACCUUCGGCGCGAACGAGUCGCAUUCGACAACCUAUACAGGAGAAUGGAGCGAGACUUACUCGAGACGAAGAAAAAUAUGGUCGAGGUCAUCGAUAUGGCAAACGCUGCUUACAAAGUGCGCGACGAGGCUCACCAACAAGUGGCGCUGCUCAAAGCGCAGGCAGGCAAAGAACACAAAAACUUUGAGAAAGAGCGGUCUGAGCUGGGCCGCCUCAUUGAGGUUUACCAAAAGAAGAACCAACUUAAGCAGCAAGCUAAGAAACGGGAUCAGGCUCCGUUGAAACGGACCGCCCAGUCCCCUGAAGGAGACUCUCAAAACAAAAUGCAGGACUCUUGGACUGCCGGUGGAGAGAAUGGAGCUCGAGAUAACGUGGCUGCACAAAUAGAGACUUACCAGGAGGCUAUCGCCAAAAUAAAAGAGGCGACUGGAAUGUCGAGCAUCGAUCAGCUUCUCGAGGCUUUUGUGAACGCUGAGGAACAGAACUUCUCUUUGUUCAAUUACGUCAACGCGCUCAGCGCAGAUAUAGAAGCCGCGGAAGCGAGUCUCACUCAACUACAGAGAGACAUAGACAACUUUCACUGUUCCAGUUCCGUUGCAGACAAGAGGAAACAAGAGGUUCUGCAGGAGCUAGAAGCAUACUCUACUUCCCUUGAGAAGAAGACGAAACUGUUUGAGGAGAAAAACGAAGGAAUCUCGAAGCAAAUAGGUGAACUGAAGCUGGGAAUUCAACGGAUGUUUGACAUGCUCGGAUGCCGCGAGUUGUAUUCUGAGGAGCUUUGGAUGAACCAGGGCCUGACAGAUUCAAGUGUGGUAUCGUAUCUACAAGCGGUUGAACAGAGGACUGACGUCAUAAUCGACUGUUACCUCCGCGAAGUCGCUCCAUCAGACAUACCAGUGGGGGUUGCCAGUGUGAGCCGGGUGCUGUCGCGCCCUGGCGCGGCGCCGGUGCAAGGCAGUCCUGCACAGAUUAAGCUACCAUCAACUUUCGAUGGUAUGAGUAGUCGGGAGCACUCCGAUGAAGAAGAGUCUGACGCCCGCCCCCUUAGCAGGGAUGAACUGACAGACCGUUUCCUCAAAGGAAGAUGUAGAAAGGACGACAGAAGAAAGAACAAAACGCGGAAGGGAGGACCAAGAUGA